CGAUCUUCGCGCUGCACUCGAAAGGGAAAGGAAACAGCUACUUCUCCAUUCCUGGCGUCGUCCGUAGCGCUAACGAGUGUCUGAACCUUCGAGGCGAGCAGCGGCUUCUCUCCGGCUUCACACAGGGAUCCUCGCCCGGCUCUUCGGACUCCCUCUCCCGCAGAGCACCGCUGUCCACCGCGAGCGCUUCGCUGUGAAAACCCCAGGCGCCAGAUUUAUCGAGCCCGACUGCACGAAGUUGAUAGGCAAGCUAGCUAGCUAGCCACCUAGCUAAGUCUCAGCUAGCUUGCAGUGCUGGUCGGGGGGGGAGCAGCUUUUAUUCUUUUGUUUUGUUUUUUAUUUCCUUUGUAAAGUCAGUUUUUGGGAGGGGGCGUCGUUUUCUGCAUCGUCCCACGACCCGCCGUGGCUGUUUCACCCGGGAUUCUGAAGCGUAUUUGCGGUGUGGUUCAGAGCGGUAAGCCGGUUGGUCGUCGCUAGCGUGCUUGAUUUAGCCUGCUAGCUAAUACCCUGCGUAUUUAGCCUGGAAGCCAGUUCAAGGCCUCGGUCCAGCGCCACCAGCAGCUGCCACCGCCGCCACAGUGUUUGCGUCGCCCCGCAGUGAGAAGUGACAGCUUACUUGGUGACGCAGAGACUUCUCCCUGAGGAGCCAAGAAGCAGACGGCUCAUGACUUCUGACCAGGACACGAAAGUUGUAGCUGAACCACAGGUGCAGCAAGUGCAAGAGGCAAAAGAGAACUCCCAUUUGGAAUCCGCCAAGGUUUCAGACCUCAACCCCAAUGCGAAAGCAUGGGCCAACCACAUGUUUAGCCUGGACCCAAGCGGGAGUGCCGACACCACAACUGCUGCCCUGCAGCCAUGGAAGGAAGGCUGCGAUAGUUUGGCUGACCCCGGCCCAGAAGGUCAGCCAAUAAUUCGGGAUACAAAAUGCUAUGAGGCCAGUGAAGACAAGGCUUACAAGGAGCCACUACUAACCGGCCCAGAUGAGCCUCCACCGGUACCAGUAAUGCUGGCUGAGCCGGCCCCCGCGGCCACCGUCACCCUGGAGUGCGCCGAGCCUGCCUAUACAGAAUACUCGGAGCCCGGACAGCCUGGGCACACAGCAGGCAGUGAUCCCCAGCCUGAGAAUCCCCAGGAGGGCUUGAGGGAGCACCUGAAGAAGACCCUGGAGUUCUGUCUUUCCCGGGAGAAUCUGGCCAGUGACAUGUACCUCAUCUCCCAGAUGGACAGCGACCAGUACGUGCCAAUUGUGACGGUGGCCAACCUGGACCAUGUCAAGAAGCUCAGCACAGAUGUCGAGCUGAUCGUCGACAUUUUACGAUCUCUGCCACUGGUCCAGGUGGAUGAGAAGGGGGAGAAGGUGCGGCCCAAUCAGAACCGCUGCAUCGUGAUCCUCAGAGAGGUUCCAGAGAUCACGCCCAUCGAGGAGGUCGAGGCUCUUUUUAAAGGGGACAACUUACCCAAGUUCAUCAACUGUGAAUUUGCCUACAACGACAACUGGUUCAUCACCUUUGAAUCAGAAGCAGAUGCACAGCAGGCAUAUCAGUAUCUGCGGGAGGAGGUGAAGACCUUCCAAGGGAAGCCGAUUAAGGCGAGGAUCAAGGCGAAGGCAAUCGCUAUCAACACUUUCAUGCCAAAGAACGGUUACCGGCCGGUGGAGGUGAACCCGUAUGCCCAGCAGCGCUACACGUCCUACUACAUCCCGCCGGUUUACAGCCCCCAGCAGCAAUUCCCUUUAUACAGCCUCAUCACGCCACAGGCCUGGUCGGCCACACACAGCUUCAUCGACCCCACGCUGGUCGCCCCAUUUCACAACAACCAGUUCAUCAACGGAUUUACGACAUCACACAGUUUCAAACCAGCGACGUCCCCCCUCACUGUCAGACACUACUCGCUCAGGAACAGGAAUCACAGUAAACCUCACUUGAGGCCGACCAUCCCGACAGCGGACCGCAGCACAGGGCUUCUGGACAGCCCGGCCCUCUUUCCCAGCUUCCCCAGCGACAGGCUCAAUGGUGUGCGCAGCAGCCCGCCGACACGACUCCCCGCCAGCCAGCCCAGAACUAGGUUACCCUCCACUGCGGCCUUCCCCCGUAGGGACACCGUCGGCACAGGGCGAGUAACUGAGCCCACAACCACAGACUACUCCCUGGGCAUAGGUCGAGGAAGGAAAAAUGUUUCUGCUUCUAGGAAAAAGAGGGAUGAAAAGUUUACAAGAGUGACGCCCCAGUCGCCACCGCCUCCUCCCAAACCCCCGUCUCCGAGCUUCGAGCUGGGCCUCUCCAGCUUCCCUCCCCUGCCCGGAGCAGCCGGCCAGCUCAAGACAGACGACGUGUUCGACAACCGACUGGCCAGCAGCGUGGUUGUCGGAACUGCCAAGGAACGGAAUGUAAGUGCGGAGUCCGCUCCUGGAGUCGCUCUCUCCCCAGCGGGCAACAAAGAGCCACUUCGGUCCCCCACCUCCCCGAUGCCUACAAACUUCCAGCCCUCGCCGACCACCCCGACCCCGGCCUCAGCCCCGGCACUGACCCCGGCUGCUGGCCCACCGCACAGUCCUGCUCCCUCCCUCCCAGCAGCGGAGGUGAAGGUGACGGAGGUGAAGCCAAAGGAGGUGCAGUUGUCCGUGGAGCGAGUUCCUGGCACUCUGUCCACUGCAAGCAAAUCAGUGCAAGUCAACGGCGCUGCCACAGAGCUGAGGAAGCCCUCCUACGCUGAGAUCUGCCAGCGGGUGAAGGACGCCCCGACAUUACAGCAACCACCGACCCCCAAGGAAGCCAAGCCACCCUGCGCUGUCCCUGCAGGCGAGGAGAGGAAGUGCCCGGACGCCUCGGCCAAUGCAGGGGACACCAAGUUCAGAGAGACACACCCUCCCUCCUCCAAAACCGGCUCUGCGGCCAUCACCCCGGGCAGACCCCCGAGGGAGGGCAGGAGGCCGGCUGGGCGGUGGGCCUCCCCGCCCCCACACCCAGGGAAAACCCCAAGCAAAGAUUCCCACCACACCCCGCCCAAGUCUCCGCAGUAGGAAGACUCCCUGCCCCUCCCAAGUCGACCCCCUCCCCACUAUGCUCCACUGAUGCGUUUAAAAAAAGGAAAUAUAAGUCAGGGCUACUCAAUACUUAUAUCCCAGAAUCACCAGUCACAAACAAGCGUAGAGGACGCCUUCUUUUCUUGAUCAGGGCUUGCAGACAAAAAGCACUUUACUGUGCAUGUAGAGCACCGUUUCAUUCUUUUUAUUCUAUUUAUUUGCUUCUUUUAUUUCACUUUUAUUUCUCCUUCUCUCUGUUUGCAUUACGUAGUUGUGUCAGUCUGCAAGUUGGCACAGACAACACUGAAACGUAUUCAUUCUGUCCAGACGGCCUUGUGGAAUUAAAGUAGUCUUCUGUGUGAAGCAGCAGGGCAUUGGCGGAAGCCACCCUAGUGGACGAUGGGAAAAAGUGCGCACAACAGACUCCACCUUGUUUGGCUCUCAAAGCGACGGGCUUGUUUGCAUUUUGAGUGGCACUGUUGUGCAACGUUAUGUAGCUUAAUUAUGGGUCAUUAUUAGUGGACGUGUUUUUUAAUACAUAAUCACAUUCAUAUGCAACUUAACAUCUAAUUCUCAUCACAAGACUCUGGAUUCUUCGGUUUACAUCACCUCUGGGUUGUUUUUUCCAGAUUCAUUUACACCAGAUGACUUUUCUUUUUCACACGUUGAGUUGUGUUCGCAGACUGUCGGUACAGUUCCUGCUGUUAAUCGUCGCUGGCUGUCGCCUCAGCUGUUUCUUCCACUGAUUGUUUUGUCUGUACAGAAUCGCCUCCCUCUGCUGUUUGCUUGUCUUUACUCUUUGCUAACACUGCUGACAGCCUCAUUAUGUCGCAGAGCUCGUUGAUGCGUUACCAGUGUCGGUUUUAGCGUCGGGCAGGAAGAGCGUUUUGGAUACCACUAACAAACAUUUCGCUAAAGACAAAUUAGGAAUCGAGGGCCAAAAUUGAUUAUGGGGGUUUUACCCGGUGUUCUUAGAAUGUGUGAAGAAAUUUAACAAGUCAGGGGAAGCUCAGUUUUCUUGGCAUUUCCCUUUUUGGGAAAAGGUUUCACAUCCUAUCGAAACCUGUGGAAUCUAACUAUCAGCAGGCACAUAUGAAAGACGCAGGGCAGGUUUAGGGCCGACAAACCUUGGUUUCAGUUCUCGUCUGAAGCGGUUUGGAAAUUACCACUCGCCAUCAUUCAGGCACUCGUCAGUGAGGAGCGUAGGGUUGAGUUCUUGGUACAGAGUGGUGACAGUGGCACGUUUCUACUUCUUUCUCCGACUUAUGGUGCUAGAUGUCGACUCCUGGAAUCUGUUAGUACAACUCAUCUCAUACUAUAUAUAGAAAUACUUGAUUUACAUCUGCAGAAAUUAAUUUGCACUGUGUUUGUGUUUUCUCAAGAAAAUGUAUUAGAUUUUCCUACCUGAAGCAAAAAAAAAAAAAAAAAUUUAAAAAAAGGGAAUUGAUCCUGAACGUCGAGGAAUACAACGAGAUGCAAAUUCAGUUUUCCAGGAGCAAAUUAGCUGACGGACCCUGCAACACGAUCUCUGAAGAUGAACGGCUGAAGCCUUUUUGUUUGUCUCACUCUGCCUUGUGGCUUCCUGGACACACCGUGGUGCGGGACGGACGGUUCUGCAGCAUCGGUUUUGUCCGGCUUGUUUUAUUUCCGACGGCUCGUCACUGAAGUUAUUACAGAUAUUUUUGUUUAUGUUUCCCUGAAGGAUGCGUUGCUAGUGUAGGCACGAGUUGGUUUGGCGUUUUGGCCUCUGGUUUUAUGUCGGUGAGGAUUUUCAUUGCAAGGGUGCUUUGGUGAAAACGGAAAGUGAGACGAGAGGAUUUUUAGGAAAAAGGUAAAUGAAGAGUGGGGUCUUUUUUUGAGGGGGGGCUUAGUUUGACAUGUUGGAGUGUGAAAUAUUUGGUCGGGGCUCGUGUUUAAAAAUGUAAUGAUUUUGGACGACAGGAAUCAGGCGGGUUUACAGCAGGAAUGUGAGGGGGGGACAUCUGACACUGUCUUGUAAGGUCCGUCCCUGGAGGGAUGAUGUGCAGCUUCUCCUUUUUCCUCAGUGUUGAGUCUUAACCACUCGGGUUGUUUUCUUCUUGCUCCCGUUUGUCUGAAGACGCGUUCUCAUCAGUUUCUUCUAAUUUGAGUUUUUCACAUGUUGAUUUGUCCCGAGUUUAAAACAGUUUCUUGUAAACAAAAAAGAAAAAAAAGCAACGUUGGGAAAGUCUUACCGAAGCACACGGUCUCUUCUUGCUACUUGGGUCCUGUCUUCUCGAAUAAAUUGCAGCCGACAGGAGUAAAAUUGAAAGCACAGAGUAAAGGAAAACGACCUUUGACAUCCUUUUACUCACCGUGAGCCUGAGGUUCAGGAUGGAGAUGUAAACACUGUCAACCAGAGUCGGGCU